AUGUCCGGCGCACCAAGAUCGAGUCGCGCAAACGGCCACGGCGACGAACGGCCGCGAAUGACAAGCAGCAAGCACGAGCGGCAAGAAGGCAGGAAUAACGCCCCUCCGCCGUCGCUCUCGGGCAGCUUUCAAGCGAGUCUAGGGCAUAAGCGCUCCGCCUCGGGAAACCCUCGCCCCAUCAGCAUGGCCGCCGCCGAGGAGAGGCGCUACGAGGAGCGCAAGGUCACGGAGCGUGUCUACGAGGCGCAGAUUGAGCGCAUCGUGCCGCGCACGGCCAGCCCCGAGAAGAUUCAGCGCCGCAGCGCGCCGGGCGAGCGUAAGCCUGCAGACAUUUCUAGACAGAAAACGGCGGAGUGGCGGCCCAGGGACUCGAAAUCGGAAGCAGCUCAAGUACCUUGGAAUCCUGAGGUCACGUUACGGCCUCACACGACAGCACCCUUGGCCUCGCGGGUAUCGAUCCCGCCUCUCGCUUCCACAGUCCCGAAUGCCCCGCAACCGACACCUUUGGCCGAACUAUCCCUUGACGUACAAGAAGCCGCCAUUGUUGAGGACUUGCUAUUCGCUUUCAUGGGAUACGAAGGACAAUAUAUUCGUUUCGCAAAGGGCUAUGAUCCGACCGAGGAACGAGACCGCCUAUCAGGGCCCAGCUUCCGCAUACUGCCAGGCCUUGAUCUGAGCUUACACGAUCUGGCGACCUCGAUGUUGAAAAUGGCCACGUAUUAUUCUGCCCUCGAAGCUUUUGUCGACGUUCAAAGUCGCGAAGAAUUCGGUUCCGUCAACCACGCACUAUGCGCCGCCGUACGGAAACAUCUCCAAGAUUACAUCGUCAUGAUUGCUGAGCUAGAAACACAAUUCCUCACGAGCGAGACGUUUACAGUACAUGUGCUAAAUAUCCACACCCUACCAACCAGUCAUCUGAUGCUUCAACUAUAUUCACUAGCCCAGCAGCUGCUACAGAAAAACGGCCUGCUCGAUGACGAGAGCGAGGACGAGGACGAUGACAGCGUUGAGGACUACGACAAGGUCAUAGAGCGACUGACAGAAGGUGGUGAUCUCAUGCCUGGCAACAUGUCGGCCAAAAAGCUUUGUAAAGGCGGUGUUGUGCUGGGCUUGGUGACGCAACGUCUGGAGUCAAUGGCCGGAGAUCCAGCUGUUCGAACGCUCCUCACGUCGUUACUACGCGACGCCAGCAAGCCGUAUAUGAGCAUGCUCAACGAGUGGCUACACCACGGUGCGAUCCGAGACCCGCACUCCGAAUUCUUGAUAAAGGAGCAAAAGAGCAUCAAACGCGAGAGGCUGGAGGAGGAUUACACAGACGAGUACUGGGAGCGCCGCUACACUAUUCGCGACAAGGACGUACCCCCGCAACUAGAAGGCGUCAAGGCCAAAGUCCUGCUGGCAGGCAAGUAUCUUAAUGUAGUUCGCGAGUGCGGUGGCGUCGAUGUUAGCAAGGUCGUACCCGAUGUGCCGACGACAUUUGACGACAGUCGUUUCCUGGAAAACGUCAACAACGCCUACGCGCACGCCAAUGAGUCGCUCAUGCAGCUGCUCCUCACCACCCACGCGCUGCCUGCGCGACUGCGCUCGCUCAAGCACUACUUCUUCCUCAACCCUUCGGACUACUUUUCGCACUUCAUGGAGCUCGGCAACCCGGAGCUUCGCAAACCGGCCAAGUCGGUCAACGCCGGCAAGCUGCAGUAUCUGCUGGACCUCAUCUUGCGGCAGCCGGGCAGCGUCGUCUCGCUGGACCCCUUCAAGGAGGACGUCAAGGUGGAGAUGAAUGACAUGAGCCUCGUCAAGUCGCUGCAGCGCGUGGUCAACAUUACAGGCAUUGAGCAGGGCGAGGUGCUGCAGCCGCUGUCAAACCAACCCGUGGAGACGGACAAGAACGCGACAGGCUACACGUCGCUGCAGUUUGACUAUGCCGUGCCCUUUCCCGUCUCCCUCGUCGUCAGCCGCAAGACCGUCUGGCGCUACCAGGCGCUGUUCCGGUACCUCUUUUCCCUGCGCCACCUCGAGUCACAGCUGUCGUCGGCGUGGCACCUCCACACCCGCGGCACGAGUUGGGCGCACAGGAGCUCCAACCGCGCGCUCGAGCGCUGGAAGCGCCGCGUAUGGACGCUGCGCGCGCGCAUGCUGACCUUUGUACAGCAGCUGCUGUAUUUCUGCACCGCAGAGGUCAUUGAGCCCAACUGGUCCAAGUUUAUGUCGCGGCUCAACGAGGGCGCCGAGAAUGGGGAGGAGGCGUCGGGCUCGAGCCGCACAGUGGACGAGCUCAUGGGGGAUCACGUCGACUUCCUGGACACUUGCCUCAAGGAAUGCAUGCUGACCAACAGCAAACUUCUCAAGCUUCACGCCAAACUUACGACAACGUGCACCAUGUUUGCCAACUACACCAAGUUCCUCACCCAGGAGCUCGACAAGAUUGAUCCGGACCUGUCUGGUGGCGUCAAGCCGUCGGGCAUGACGAGCGUGCAGUGGCGCCGCUUCCAGGCCGACCGGGCGGCCGCGGCCAACCGCAGCAGCAAAGACGGCAGCAGCAACGCAGAUGCGUCAAUCCUGUCGGCCGACGACGUCGAGGCGCGCUUCCGCAACCUUCACGACCUGAUUCGCAAAUGGGAGCAUAACUUUGGUCGCCAUCUACAGAUCCUGCUCGACGCGCUCAACCACUACGCGGCGACGGAGACGGUGGUGCUACUAAGUUUAUGCGCGCGCCUAAGCAGCGUCAACCAGGGCACCGAGUUUACGGGGCUGAAGGCGGACGAGGACUCGAUGGCGGUGAUGUAA